AUGAUGAUGAAACUGAUUGAUCUACCUGACAAGUGUCCAAAUAGGCUCGGCUACAUCCCCCUGAAAUGCGGCGACCCGAACGUUCUUCUUGAGAAGGAGAGGGAACACCAGUGCAAAUUUGAACCAUGUGGCUGCUCUAACUGUAACCCAGAACAGCAAUCAGUAAUCGUCCGAAACCUGAAGAAUCUCACGGUUGAUAAUAUUACUGGUUUUUUGGAAUGUCCAGUGGACUUACCUAGCCGGUCGGAUGAAAACUCUUCAGUCAUUGCCUCACUCGAUCAAACAAAUGCUACUUGUCCGGUCGCCGAGAUGAUACGCCCGUCUGCUACAAAAAAUAAGCUGUCAACAGGAUUGGAAACCUUUGCGACUUACUUGUUUGAAUGCCUGGGAGAGUUCUUCGACUCGAUAUAUGACGUGGAAGACUGCUACUUCGCGGCCGACAAAGUUUUCAGUAUGCGAGGUGCCCGUGCAGCUGUAUUGGCUACUGAAAAAGGCUUCCAUAAGGAUCGCCUUGAGCUCUCCAACCCAGUAGAGCAUCUCGAUCCACUCUUAUUUGAAUCAUCAUUGUCUGCUUUGCAACAAGGUCCAAAAAAGACAAAAAAGCAACAAGCCGCUGAAGAGAGUAAAAAAAGGACGGCUGCCAAACGUGAAGUUAAAAAGGCUCAAAACGCUGUUGAUGAGCGGAGGAAAAAAGAAGAAGCUACAAAAAAAGCCAAGUUGAAGGCAAAAAAGAAGGAGGAGGAGGAUAUGGCCAAGGCAGAGGGAAAUCGCAAGUCGGCCAAACAAAAGUCCGACAAAGAUGCCAGCGCGGCUCAGCGGGAAAAGCGCAGUAGGAGAACACAAGGAGAUUUAGAAGAGUUGCACCAAAGUACAACCUAG